AAUAUACGGAAAUGUAAACGAAACCAAAAUGGCGGCGUCCUUGAGCAGACAGAGAAUAAUAUUUUCUAUUGUUUAUAGCCAGCUGAAUUCUGCAGCUUCUCUCAGCGCUGGCUCAAGGUGCAUAAACACCAGUGCAGUUUGCUAUAAGAACCGUGCAGCCCGCAUUCGAGUGGGUAAAGGAGACAGGCCAGUGACUUAUGAACAGGCUCUGCACCCGCACCACAUAGCUCAUAGGAAGGGAUGGCUCUCCCAACACCCAAGUAACCUCCAGGGAGAAGGAGGUGCUGCAGAACGGGCUGUAGAAGACAUGUUCAUCCGCCGUUUCAUCUUUGGCACGUUUCACGGAUGUCUUGCUAACGAACUGGUUAUCAAGCGCAGAGGCAACAUGUUGAUCAUCUGUGCUUUGAUGCUGCAGAAACUCCAGCCUAAUAAAUAUUAUUUCCUGAUCGGCUACACAGAGGAGCUGCUCUCACACUUCUACAAGUGUCCUGUAAAGAUGGAGAUACAGACGCUGGAAGAUAAAACUGUCUACAAAUAUCUCUAAGACCCUGGAGGGAGAAUUGGAACAGCAGCAAUGAAUAUUCUUUGGUAUAAAGCUAAAUAUCGUGUGUGUAAUGUAUGUAAUAAAAAGUUUCCGUGCUA